CUUUAAUAAAUCGCAACUGACAUGCAAGGAGAUUCUUUUUGUUAUGAUAUUUUUGUAAAGAUAUAAAAAGACAUUCUUAUGCUCAACCACAUACAUCGUUAAAAAUCUCUUACUGAUGUGCAGAUGGUCGAGAUGGAGGAAAGUGAAGGAGUGAUUGCUACUGAGCGGUAUGGCUCACAGGAGUCCUGGAAAUACCUGCUGAAGGAGGGAAAGGUGAUGAGGCGCAAGGAUGCAGUGAACGGAGGACUGGCGGCAAAUUCAGUCUCUGGCGUGUUUAAAAGCGUUUUCCUGCCACAGGGAUACCCAGAGAGUGUCAGUGAAGAUUACCUACAGUAUCAGCUCUGGGACACUGUACAGGCAUUUUCCAGCUCUCUGUCUGGCACUCUCGCCACUCAAGCGUCUCUCAGAGGUGUUGGGGUUGGAAAUCAAGAGGCAACAGUUGCAGCAGCUACAAUAACAUGGCUACUUAGAGAUGGAACAGGGAUGCUGGGAAGAAUUCUGUUUGCCUGGCUCAAAGGGAGCAAGUUAGAUUCAGAAGCCAAAAAAUGGAGGCUCUUUGCUGAUAUUCUUAAUGAUGUGGCGAUGUUCAUUGAGAUCGCGGCCCCUCAUUUCCCUCCUUUUUUCACUAUAAUCGUCUGCAUUGCUGGCAUAUUUAAGUCUAUUGUAGGAGUUGCUGGUGGAGCAACAAGAGCUGCAUUAACUGUCCAUCAGGCUCGCAGAAACAACAUGGCUGAUAUCUCUGCUAAAGAUGGCAGCCAGGAAACCCUGGUGAACCUGGCAGGACUGCUGGUCAGCCUGGCUCUAAUCCCGCUUGUAACCGAUAACCCAUUGUUGACGUUCAUCCUGUUCUACCUGUUCACUGUUCUCCACCUGUUUGCCAAUUACAAAGCUGUACGUUCGGUUGUUAUGGAAACCCUCAAUGAGGCUCGGUUGUCCAUCGUCCUGCAUCAGUACCUGCUUCACGGUCAAGUGCUCAGUCCAGCCGAGGCCAACCAGAGAGAGCCUGUGUUCUUGUCAUUUAGAAGAACUGUUCCAAUCAAGCUGGGCGUGAGGCUUGGAGACCUCAUUCACGAGCCAGGAGAUCUGCAGCUAGCGUUGAAGAACAACAGCAAACCAUAUCUCAUCGGAAUCAAAAAUGGUGCCGUGUGUGUUUGUCUGGGGAGUGAUGCAUCAGUUGAUGAUGAAAUAAAGGCAGUAUGCCAGGCCUUGUGUGUCAGUGCAGUGCUACACAAUGAGUCCCCUCUGCCUGCCGUUCUCCAACAGCUCUCCAACACUAAAGACCCCUGGGCGUUAAUAUCACAGAGUCAUAAGAUGAUUGAUGAGAUUUUCCAGACUUUCCUGAAAGAACUUGAUCGAGCAAAAUGGCAGACAGACCGGACACUACUGGAUUGGAAUGAGUGGCGUGUGGAAUGGACCAAAAAGAGAAGCUGAAGUAAACUGUUAACAAUGAAAUGGGAGCGGUUUUUGAUUGUGCAGAUUUUCACUUUUGAACAUCUGUCAGUUUUAUAUGUAACACCAGUGAUCUCGCACCAAGCUGAAAGUGUACAGAUUACUGUACAAUUAAAAACAAUUAUGAGGAUAACAGGGUCAAAACAGUUCAUGUAAGGUCAACAAUGAGGUCAAACCGAGACAAAAUAAAUCAGAAAUGAGUGUAAAAAAGUAACCAUGUAAAAGCCUGGGGUCAAUAACUUUUUACAAAUAUUUUCCAUUCAAUGAGUAAAAUGUAUUUAAGGGGACCUAUUAUGCUGAUUUUUACUAGAUGUAAAAUAAGUCUCUGAUGUCCCUAAAGCAGGAGUGUCCAAACUCAGUCCAGCAUUGCUGGUGUCCUGCAGAUUUCAGCUCCAACCUCCUCAACACACAUGCAAGGAUGUUUCCAGAAAGCCUAAUAAGAGCUUGAUUAGCUUGUCAGGUGUGUCUGAUUGUGGUUGGAACUAAACUUUUCAGGACACCUGCCCUUCAGGACUGGGUUUGGACACCUCUGUCCUAGAGUGUG